CUAAUGGAACUGCUUGGAGUGUUUAUUACCUUGUUAACUUUGCAGGUUAUAUUGAGGAAGUGGCCUCUUCUUUGUUGGUUGAUGAAAAUACUGUUGUGUAUGAAGCGUGUGCUGAUUUCCGAGAAAAGUAUGGGUAUAUUUUUCCCAUUGGAUCAAGAAAAGUCUGGAAUUCUAAAGAAGCAAUGCUGGCAUAGGCAGAUAAGAUGAUAUGGUUUUCAUUCUUGAUUAGAAGCCAUGAAAUUCUUACCUGAUUGGGACGAGAGAUUUGACAAUUCAUCUAAAUCCUCUCUAUGGAUUUUGCUGAGGAAUCGCGGCAAAAUUUGGCCUGUUCAUGUUACACACAAUCAAUUUGGAGAAGGUUGGGCUGAUUUCUGGGAUGACCACAAGCUGAGGCGUGGUUUUAAGCUUGUCUUUGGUUGUGAACGUAGUUGGAUCUUUGAUGUCAUUGUGUUAAUGACCAACCUGGAACCCUUGUAUUAUAGUUGGUCUACAACUACUCAGGAGUUCCAAGAGUCAUCACUUAUGCCUUUUGUGAUUGAUGAUUUGGGUACGCAAAGGCACCUCCGUACCAGUUGCUUUCCAUCAAUGAUGUCGAUUAAGGAUAAUAUAAUGCAAUUUGGAUACGAUUGUGCUUCUGGAAAAUGCAUUUAUAAGGUGUUUGGGAAGCGUUUUCGUGAUUUUUUUCAUGAUGCUGGUGUUAACGAGAUCUUUCUGCACAUGCGAAACAAAUGGUGGGCUGUCCCUGGGAUAAAUAACCGGGUUGAUCGUCCAAGUUUAGCACUUUUCUUCAAUGCUAUGAAUCUAGAACCGUUGGAUUUUGUUCUUGUUACUGCGUUUGAUGCAACGGAUGUGAAUGUAAUAGUAUUCAUAGGAGAUGGCAUUGAGAGAGUGUAUCCUUGGACCUAGUUGUUUUUCCAACGUUGUAUUAACUGUAGUUAUAUUUAUUAGCCGAUACAGUAUUGUACUGAUAGCAAUUACUAUUGUGAUGGUGAUUUAAGGGAUCAUGAACAGGAU